GACAUUCACAGCAUGGUGCAAUUCGCACCUGCGCAAAGCGGGCACCGCCAUCGACAACAUUGAGGAGGACUUCCGUAAUGGCCUGAAGCUGAUGCUGUUGCUGGAGGUGAUCAGCGGCGAGACGCUGCCAAAGCCUGACCGCGGCAAAAUGCGCUUCCACAAGAUCGCCAACGUCAACAAGGCACUCGAUUUCAUCGCCAGCAAGGGCGUCAAGCUGGUCAGCAUUGGUGCUGAAGAAAUCGUGGACGGUAACCUGAAGAUGACCCUGGGUAUGAUCUGGACGAUCAUCCUGCGCUUCGCCAUCCAGGACAUCUCGGUGGAGGAGAUGACCGCCAAGGAGGGGCUGCUGCUCUGGUGCCAGCGCAAGACCGCACCCUACAAGAACGUCAACGUCCAGAACUUCCAUCUCAGCUUCAAGGACGGUCUGGCGUUCUGCGCACUCAUCCACCGUCACCGGCCCGACCUGAUCGACUACAACAAGCUGUCCAAGGACAACCCCCUGCAGAACCUCAACACCGCCUUCGAUGUUGCCGAAAAAUACCUCGACAUCCCCCGCAUGUUGGACCCCGAAGACUUGAUCAACACUCCCAAGCCAGACGAACGUGCCGUCAUGACCUACGUGUCAUGCUACUAUCACGCCUUCCAAGGCGCUCAGCAGGCUGAAACAGCAGCCAACCGAAUCUGCAAAGUGCUGAAAGUGAACCAGGAAAACGAACGACUCAUGGAAGAGUAUGAGCGACUUGCCAGCGAU